GUCGUGCAGAGUCCAUGUCCAGCGCCCAUAGCAUGCGCGACGGCGGGGUGCACGACAGGACGAUGGAUGCCAUCAGAACGAAACUACGUGAACAUGGGAUUCCAUCACAGAACACUUCGGCAUCUCCAAGCUUCGGUGUCCAUCACAGCACAGGGAAGCAAUGCGAUGACGUCGACUUGAAUCGUCGGAAGGGCCAGAAUGCGAGGAAGUUUGAUUUCGACAUCAUAAACACGAACCCCACGCCCGUCAACAAUACAUCGCCUUCAGCCAGCUCGAUGAAUUCCACCUUUGGGGACAACCGCUUCAGUCCGCCAACGAGCCCACACAACCAACGCCGGACAAAUGUCCACGCGGACGAUGGACCAAAGAAGAACCGGGAUGAUUCGCUGGACGGCCUGUUCUUGCCGACGCAAAACUUGGCUAUACAAGCCGAAUCGAUUACAUUCGCUCCAAGGAUCCUUAAUCUCGACGAGGAAGAAUUCGUCGACGCAGCCACGUUCAUCAAGCGCACUGAAACGCCUGUCCAUCCGCCAACAACGCCAUCAUCUCCCGUGCAGAAACCUUCCUUUCAUGCUGACGUGGAUGGCGCCGAAUGGCAGCUCGAGGAGUUCUUUGCCCGACGAUCGCGGAAUUUGAAAGCUGUCGAAUUUGGAAGAACCUCCGACACGAACGCGAGUCCGGGCGAUGCACAAGCGGAUGAACUCAAGAAGAUCUCCAUGGAGCUCAAUCAUGCGAUUUCCACGUCCGCCAUACCGCCAUCGUUCCCCGCCACCAAGCAUUCGCUUCGAUGUGACAGGACAGACCAGCAACCUCUCGCGAGUCCACGCGGCACAGACCACCUCCGCCGAGACGAAUCCUUUGCCAAGGAGGAGCGGGGCUCACUGCGCGAUCGAAGCACGGGCAGCUUUCCGUCGUUUCAAGCCGAACAUGCAAUGCAAAGUGGGCCCAUCCACGACGCCCGACCGUUUUCCGCGCCUGAUUUGUCCAUUUCCCACGACAUGAUGUCCAACGGCACUGCUCCACCACCGACCGAGUCGACGAAAUCUCAAACGCCCCACCACGACUCCACCAACAACAACAACCUGGAUGGGCCCACGGUCGAGACUCGUGCUGUGGUGGAUUUUGCGAAAAGAAGGCCAGGACCCAUCCACGUCCAUUUGAACUCGCGCGCGUCGGCCCAAGCGGUGGUGGACGAUGCGAUUCAAUCGGCGCGGUCGAUGCCCGCCCAGGAUCGAGCGGCGAUCAACUGGACUGGCCCUAUCCAUCCGUCUGCGAUGCUGCAUCAUUCGCUGGACGCUGUGGUCGCCGUCCAAGCCAUGAUGGAAGCCACAAACGUCAUGCAGCACUCCGUGUCGGAAGUGCUGCGGCUGCGCGAGUUGGCGCAACAAGCCGUCGAGGCGGCGGUGGUCUCGGAAGCCAUGGCCAUCGCCGACCACUGCCGCCGGACGGACGAGUCGUCGACAGCUGGCGGCAACCCAAAGGCGGCGGCGUGGACGGGGACACACGAUGCGUAUGAUUUUAUCGACACGACGUUGAAAGGCAGUCAAAAUCAGCACCAGCAACGACUGCCAAGAGAACACUGUCCGGACCCGUCGACCAGCUGCAGCAGCCCCACGAGGAGGGGGGGUCGGAAUGAAUUUUCGAGCAGUAGCAGCAGCAGAAUCGGCAUUCGUCAGGAUGGCCAAAGUCGCCGACAACUGCCGCAGGACGGAACGGCGUCGCUGUUUGCAUCAUCAUCCGAGCAUGCAGUCCUCCAAAGCAGCUCCAGUGGCGGGGCGGUGGGGUCGCCUUAUGUCACCCCCACAACUGCAAACCACCACCAACAGAAUACAUCCGAUCCAACCCAACGCCCGUGGAUGGACCUUGCUCCGUCCAACGAUGGCCAUGGGGAUGUGCGUAAACCUAGUACGACCCCACGUGACCGUACUGAUAGCAUCACCCAUCGAGACACUGCCACUUGGCCGAACACUCCAACAGACAACCCUGUGAGGAUCCACGAUGACGUGAGCAAUACAAGUUUACGGCAGCAGAAUUCUUCUCGGGAAAAUCAACAACGAUAUGACGAACCAACGUCGACAUAUGCCCAGUACAGUCGAAAGAACCAACCCAGUUCACACAACCAAGGCACGCUUCAAGGCCAUCCCGGGGCUGCACGUGGCAAACCUCAUUUGGCACCGCCAAGAGCCGACGAUAGACAAGUUGGUCGCGUAUCCAACGACGUGCGUCAACACCAUGCACAACAGCCUGCGUCUGCUGCGACCCCGUCGGAGGCAACGGAGCCUCCUCCUCUUCCCCCCCGUCCGUACCACCAACGCCGCCAAUCAGAUGUCAGGUCCACCGGCGGCGCCAUGCAUGCAGAAGAACUGGGGUACCCCUCAGGUGCUGCUUCCCCCAGCAGCAAUCCAAAGCAGCACCAACCAAACGUCAGCACCACUCAACAGUCGAUUGUCCACCCAACAAACGAUCAGCCAUCGACGAGCGACGUCUUUCAUGUACGACCGAGUGCUGGAUAUCAACGAUCAACGAUGGUCCACGUAGGACCAGAUGAUGUACACCCAAUCGAGUCCUCGCACCCUCAACCGACCCAAGUUGUGCAAGCGGUUUCUGUGCACGAUUGGCGGGGAGAUCUCGGAGACGUUUGUGUUUCGCAACACGAGCGCCAACUACGCACGGAUUUGCGCGUCGAUUGUGCCGCUGAGCCGCGGCUGCAACCAAUUCGUCAUCGCCCCCACCGUGUUGGAGCUGACCCCGCACUCGUCCGACCACUUUGUCAUUCGGUUUGCCGCGACGAAACUUGGGGCUGUGUCGGCAAUAUUUCAAUUCCGGAGCAUGUCAGGGGACCCAAUGGCAACGCCGUACGAGAUCAUUGUGGAUGCGCACGUGAAGAAGCCGUCAGGAGUGCCCCCUCCCAUCGACCACUCCCUCGUCCCUCCGCCCCCACAUCCACGGACGUCUUCCGUCAUCGCGGACGACUCACAUCCAAAGCAGCACGUGUUUGACGUACAGCCGACCCAUGUCCGGCUGAUCCGUCGCCGCCGCACGACAGCGUCGAUUGACAUUUUCAAUUACGUGGCCAAGACGUCGACCUUUAGCGUGUCGUGUCCGUUCAAGCACCUUCGCGUGACCCCAAACCAAGGCGUGAUCCCCCCCAACGGCAAAUGCACGGUCGACAUCUCCCUCACGUCUUUGUCGCAAGUGCAGGCGGUGGCGUGGUGUGGACUGCUUACGGUUGUGGUCAACGGGGCCGUGACUCGAGAGAUUAGUGUCGUGGUGGACGAUAACGACGACAAGAUGGCUGCUACUCUGAUGGCUUCCCGACAGGACGCCCUGCCGUCAUCGUCGUCGUCGAUUCAAGAGAUGGCCAUGAGUUACUUGGCCGAGUCCACCACAUCCACCACCACGACGUCCCGAAGCAAGUCGAGGAAGAAGGGGCUGUUUUUUCAAGCCAAAUCCAUCGAGUUUGGGGCUGUCCGUGUCCAGACUGGCCAGUCGCAGCCUGUCCGCAUCUGCAACGGAGGCAAGGAAUCCAUCACGGUGUUCCUCCAGCGCCUCGAGAGUCCGUUCAGCUGCUCGUACGCGAGCGUGUCCCUUCGCCCUCGGUCCUACGUCGAAGUGCCCGUGACCUUCACGCCCUCCCUCCCUGGUCAGGAAGUGUCUGCGACCAUGGUCGCGUACUCCGCCGCGGACAAAGCGACUGUCGUGCUGCAAGGCCGUGGCGUCAUUGAAUGAAUAACAAUCACCCAAACAACGUCAACCAUUACCCACGUGGUUUGUUU